GAAAAGCAACCUUGGCAAGCGAACGUGACUUUCAUAGCUUUCUUGAAAAAUUCGAUAGAAUUUCAGGAAAAUCGGAGUUAAUUGACUUGACUGACUAUGUUCUAUAAUCCAAAUAUUUCACUAACAAGCUUCUUAUUCAACGCACCAAUCAUAAUUGACUGCCAAAAAUAUUGUACAACUACUAAAGAAUGAUGAAGGCCAUCCUAUCGUUCCUUUUUGUUGCCUUCAUGGCAACUGUAUCUGGCUCUGCAUACAUCCAUACCCGGUGCAAUACCGACUCGGAUUGCUCGGAACAGUCUUAUUGCUCUUCGGAUAUGUACUGCGACCCAUGCAUUAAUUGCGAAGCAACGUUCAAACGUCAACCACUGGAAUUGGCCAGCUGCGCCAGAGUCGAUGAGGAUUGUGGUAACUGCUUGACUGGGUAUCAAGCUGAAGAGUUGCAUGGUCAGCGUCACAGCAUGAAAUGUUACAAACCUUCGGCCAAACCCAUUUCGUCAGAGGAGCCCAGUUCAAAUUUAGACAGUACCAACAUUUUGACUAUUUUCGGAGUUUCACUGUUAAUAAGUUGCUUCUUGGCCAUGGCACUGUUUGCUUACUUCUCCAAAAGCAUUAGACAUCUGUUUGCGGGAUCAAGAACAACCAGGACGGGAAUCGAAUUGGACAACAGAAAUCUUCCGGCACCAGAUUUGCCACAAGAUCAAGCUAGAAGCCACGAUGGUAUUAACGAGACUGAUCAACUGAUUGAUUCGAUUCAGGCACCUAACGAAUUGAACGUACAAGUUGAGGAAAAUCAUCUCAGCGGCGCCAUUCCCAUCGGCCCAUUUCACACAGAUGAUGACACACUAUCAGAAGCUAUUCAACACACCGUUUCACUUAUAGAAAACAUUAAUUAUGGAAGCAAUCAAGAAGCGAAUGACGGUCCAAGAGAAAUGCUAACUGCAAUGAGUGAACUCAGCCCUCCGAACAAUACAUCGCAAACGCAGCCAUUACCUGUAAAUGACGAGCACAUUAUGGUGGUACCUAUACCUGCUGAGACACCUGAUUCUCGAGAUCCAAAUGAUGAGCAACCCAGGGGAAGGCAACGGAAUGAAACGGGCGAAUCACUGGAAUUCGUUUUGGCCGUGGGUAUAAAACUCAAUCGUCAAACAGAGUGCUGGACAAAGAACAGUUAAUCGAUUAGAAACAAAUGUUAGGCCUAUCUUGAUUUCCAAUCAUGUUUUGUAUUAAUUGAUUAAUCAUGUUCUUCUAUCAAAUGGAAACUAAUUAUUUUAAUCCGCAUUUACGUCUUUAUUUUUUAGCAAUUGCAUUUAAGGGUCCUAGAAAUAGAGAGCAUUGCGUGUACGAUACAAAUGAUUCAAACGUGUUAAA